CGACAUUGGAGUUAUGUCCCUUUAACCAUGCCAGUUCCGACUGUGUGUACAGGAAAACCAUGAAAAAAAUUCCUAAGAGAAGACCAUGGGGUGGACUGGUUGGUGGGAUCAAGAUCUUCCUCGGUGCUGAGUUGGCAGUUUUUGCAGUGUCCUUGUACUACUGGCGUAAGAUGAACUCUUCCCAAGACUUCAGGUACACUGUCCAUCAGAAGUAUCCCUUCUUGCUGAAUGGGUACUAUGAAAUGGGUGAACGUUUUGGGGGUCUGAACACACGGAAAGAAGAUUACCAAACUUGGGGAUUACCGCUGGAGAAGUAGCGAGUCAAUAUCAUCCUUCAACCUAUUACGGACCUGGUGGAUAUACA